UCUACCCCUUCUAUAUCUCCAGUUUUUGCCUCGAAAUUUCACCGGUGGUUCCCUUCUUUUGGUAGCGAUCGCAGCAAAACCCGAGUUGUACAGCGACGGUCUUCUAUGAUAACCCGAGUCAUAGCAUUACCAAACGGACACUGACAUCAAUCGCACGUUUUCUUCUUUCCCCCCUGACAGAAACCGCUUAGCACAACAAUGGCUCUGAAAAGAAUUCACAAGGAGUUGAACGACUUGGCACGGGACCCACCAGCCCAGUGUUCUGCAGGACCAGUAGGAGAUGACAUGUUUCACUGGCAAGCCACAAUAAUGGGACCUAAUGACAGUCCUUACCAGAGCGGGGUUUUCUUCUUGACCAUACACUUCCCCACAGACUACCCCUUCAAACCGCCAAAGGUUGCAUUUACCACAAGAAUCUACCACCCAAAUAUCAACAGCAACGGCAGCAUUUGUCUUGACAUUCUGCGAUCACAGUGGUCUCCAGCUCUCACCAUCUCCAAAGUCCUCCUGUCCAUCUGCUCUCUGCUGUGCGACCCAAACCCGGACGACCCCUUAGUACCCGAGAUCGCCCGCAUCUACAAGACGGACAGGGAAAAGUACAACAAAAUAGCUCGGGAAUGGACACAAAAGUAUGCAAUGUAGUGUCGGGGUAGAAUCAUGGCCAACCACCUCUACGACAUAAGGUUAGGGGAGCUUCAGACGUAAAGAGAAAACAAACAAAAAACCAUUCAAACAAAUGAAACGUUUAAAACAAGAUCUCGUUGGUUUCCAUUGGAGUGCUUUCUUUGAGCCAUGCCUCCCCUUCACCAGAGUACCUGUAAAAACUCCCUCUGCCCCACCUCCUUCGUUUUCUCUCUCCCUCCCUCCCUCUCUCUCUCUCUCUCUCUCUCUCUCUCUCUCUCUCUCUCUCUCUCCCUCUCUCUCUCUGUUUGACUCAGCUCCUCCCCCCUCCCAGGCCUUCCCCUCUCCUGCCUCUCAGCUCACCUGCCCACCCUCCCUCCCCAAGUGUAUAUAUCGUCAACUUGCAAUGGUAACACCCACCCGCCUCUCCCUACUCCUCUUUCACCUCCUCCUCCCUCCAUCAUGACCUCCAACCCCGUCUCCUGACUCCUGUAUCCUGUUACAUUUUGUCACCAUGCAGGUUGGACCGUCGCCUAACUUCCCCCCCCCUCCGUUUUUUUCCUGCACACGCCUGCGAUCCUCACCCACCUCCCCCAGACGUUAAUCACUAAAAUCAUUCCUUUGAUCUGUAAACUUUGAGGGGACCUUUUUUUUUAUUUCUCUUUAUUUCCCUAAUUUUUUUUUUUUUUAGGGGGUGGGAGACAAUAAGACGGAGGGAUUUUUACACUGCUCCCUUUCUUGUUUUGUUGUCCUUAGAGUUCCCAUCCGUAGAGGUGACAAUUCAAGAAAGCAGUUGUUGUUGUGUUUUUUUUUUUUUCGAACGCGAAGGGCGCUCUGUAUUUUAUACAAUAAAUACGUAAAAAGAAAUCUUCUGAGGCUUUGUCAAAUGGAAAAAAAACAAAAACAAAAAAAUGCACAUGGCCUGUUUUGGUCUCCUGUUGGAUUCUAUGAAAGGACUUGAAUUUACUCCCCCUCCUCCUCCUCCCCACACACCUCCUGCUCCUGACUCCCCCCACCCCUCCGCCAUACCCAAGUUGACCCCUUUGUACACACACACACACACACACAGACACACAUGCACGCACAAAUGUAACCCCAUGUCACCACCACCACCACCAACUUUUCUUUAUUCACAAAGUGGAGGUUUUGGACCCGGUAUUUAAGCAAUUUAUUUUUCUUAGUUUAACCUGUGUUUUUAUUCCCCCCCCAUAACUCUUUAGGUUGCUUUUUUUUUUUUGUUCUUUUUUUUGUUUUGUUUUUUUGUUUUCUUUUAUUUUUUUGCUAUUGUUAAAUUAGAGGCUAACAUCUUAAAUGGCUAUGGGACUGGCUUGGGCUCUGGGUGCGAGGAGAACCCACUCUUCUUGCACAAAAACCUCUGUAUAUUGAAUUACCUGAGAGGCUCGUUGAGCUUUGUGUGUUGAUUAAACUGUGUAAUAAAAA